AUGAUACACUUAGAAUGCACCAACGAACUCAUACAGGGGAGAAACCAUUUAAAUGUGUUGAAUGUGGAAAGAGCUUCAGUGAUAGUGGAAAACUUAGAGUACACCAACGAAUUCACACGGGGGAGAAACCAUUUAAAUGUAUUGAAUGUGGAAAGAGCUUCAGUGAAAGUGGAGCACUUAGAAGACAUCAACGAACUCACACAGAGGAAAAAUCACAGAUACUUUAAUAAACCGUAUAGGUGUUCUUUACCUUUCCUUCUAUGCUUCCCUGCAAUACUGAUAAAAUCAAACCACGCCAAUGCUUUCAGCCCCAGAAGAGGAGCUCUCCUUGGUGUCAGGGGAGGGGUCCAAGGGAGCAUCUGA